UUAGUCAGAGUCUGAAUCAGAGAGACGUUUCUUUCAGAAUCAAAGCACCAGCGCAGGGGAAGAUCACUUCGCCUACAUGCAAUAUGGCAGAUUGUACAGAGCUCACUUUUAAUAUCGACCACGGUUAUCUGGAGGGUCUGGCACGCGGACUAAAGACUGGGCUCCUUAUCCACACUGACUAUCACAAUCUGGCCCAGUGUGACACACUAGAAGAUAUGAAGCUGCACCUUCAGAGCACAGAAUAUGGCAAGCUGCUGUCCUCAGCUGGGGAGGAGGACCUGACCGUGUCUCUGGUAGACCGCAAAUUGAGGGACAACCUGGUCACAGAAUUCAACUGCCUCCGUUCCAACAGUCUGCCACCACUCUCCACCUUCCUUGACUAUAUGACCUACAGCUACAUGAUUGAUAAUGUGGUGGUGCUGAUCACUGGGACCCUGAAACAGAAGCAGGUGGAAGAACUUCUCCCACGGUGUCAUCCACUCGGUGCAUUUGACCAAAUGGCGGCGGUGGGCAUUGCCCGCACCCCGACUGAACUCUACACAGCCAUCCUGGUCGACACUCCGCUAGGUCAGUUUUUCCAGGAUGCAGUGUCUGAGUCUAACUUGGAUGAGAUGGAGGCUGAAAUAUUGAGAAACAAACUUUAUAAGGCAUAUUUAGAGUCUUUCCACUCUUUCUGCAAGAACAUUGGCGGUGCCACAAAGGAUAUCAUGUGUCCUAUCUUGGAGUUUGAGGCAGACAGACGGGCCUUCAUCAUUACAGUGAACUCAUUCGGGACGGACCUGAGUAGUGCAGACAGAUGUUCACUGUAUCCAUCUUGUGGUAAACUUUACCCUGAAGGGCUGCAAUUACUGUCCAAGGUAGAAGAGCAUGAACAAGUCAAAGCAAUCGCCGACUGUUAUCCGGACUAUAAAAUAAUUUUUGACAACCCAGCCCCAGAAUCCGAUUACAAGACUCUGGAAGACAGAUUCAUUCAGCAAGAGGUUAGGCUGAACACACUUGCGUUCCUCCAGCAGUUCCACUUUGGUGUGUUUUAUUCCUACAUCAAACUGAAGGAGCAGGAGAUCCGCAACAUUAUCUGGAUUGCAGAAUGUGUCACUCAAAGACAGAAGUCCAAGAUACAUAAUUACAUCCACACAUUUCAGGGUACAAAUUAAGCGGUUAACGGAAAAGGUGUGGAUGAGACGUUACAAAUAACAGAAUUUAAUAAAUGCACAUGAAAUAUUAAAAUUGAGCUGCACCUAAGUUGAUCACUGAUAAUCUUCAUUGUUUGUACAACAGAAGAGAAAAAAAUACAGUAAUUCAUUAUUAACAAUAAAAA